AUGCCCGCCUCAUGCGCAUGCGCGUCAAUCCGCCGGCUGCCACCGUCUUCCGACUGUCAACCCGCGCUGGCGCUGCCGACCCUUCGCAGCAUCGUCCUCCUCCUCGCCCGCCUCCGGGAUUCUGCGUGCGGUAAGUCCAAUUUGCACUUGCAGCCAGUAGUUAAGAGCGGCGUUUCAGUGAGCUUAUCUGAGUUCCCUAUCAGCUAUCGUACCCCACUGGAGUUGCAAAAUCAGUUUGAUGAGGACAAAAUCUCUCUUCACCAAAACCUUCAUCUUGAAGAAAUGAAGGAUUUGUACUAUACAUUGGUUCGCCCGGUCUUAGUGGCCAGCUGUCUAGUCACCGAGGACCCCAUCGAUAGCCCUAAUACCAGAGCACUAGAUAGCACACUCUGUGCUAAUUUUAAGAAGCCUCCUGUUUACUUAUCAAGCCUGUCUUUGAUGAAAGUGCUUACUGGACUUGCUAGAAACAAGUGGUGUUACUUGAUAGAGUUUUUGAGGAUCAAUAGGGUGCUAAUAUGUGAGAAUUGGACAGAUUCAUUUGGAAAUUUGGAGUGCUUAGUACAUGAUGACUGUAUAACCCUUUCAAUCGAUGGUGAGACCGUUUACAAGGGUCAGUGUGAUGCUGGAUACAAGAAUGGGAAAGGAAAUCUAUGCGCGAUCAUAACGGCCGGGUCCAAUGAGAUUGUGGAUUGCACAGUUCAUUUAGGAGUACCUUGUGACUCGGCGCCACACGCUGAGUUAUGGGCAAUGUAUGUGUUGCUCAGACGGGCGAUUGAUCUCAAGGAUGUCCGCUUCUUUCAUGUGAAGACGGAUAGCAAAUUUGUUGAUGACACCAUGUGCGAGAAAUACCCCAUCAAGCCAAAUUCCACCCACCAGGAAAUUUGCGAAGCGAUUAGAUGCAUGAAGAGCUACUUCUCACGCUUUCAUUGCAGAUGGGAACCAAGGGAGAAUCUUCAUUUAGUUGAUAGCCUGCUUAAGCUGAUGGAUAAUCGUACCUCACCAACCUUUGAGGAGAUAAAAGCUGAAUGGACAGACUACCUGCUACAGAAGCCACAGUUUCGAGCUCACCAAGAGAGAAUGAGGUUUAGGAAGGAAUACAUUAACAAGGCACAGCCAGUGGGUACCAUCACUCUCCACCGCAUGUACAAGGCCAUCGUCAAAAACUGUCAAGAAAGCAGAAUAGAUGCAGUUGCGAACAUCAUAUUGUCGCUAAACCCACCAUACGCAGCUGUUCUUAUAGGAGAUCACAAGACAGCAGUGUUAGUAAAAGGGGAGUUAGAGAAGUUGGAGGGGUUUCCUGGGAAGUUUGACAUGUCAAUUGAUGAGGUCGAUGGAUGUUGCUUUCUCACCUUGUUAAGGGUUCCGUUGGACAAGGUUGAUAGAACAUUGGAUGUGAUCUUCAAUGCUGAGUUGAGUGGGCUUUAUAAGGCAGCAGACAACUCUUUAUGCGUGAAGCUGUUGACAGCAAUGGAUGAUGAUGCCAACAUGCUGGAGUUAAGCCCAGUUUGUUUCUUGUACUUCCAUGGAAAGAAUCCAAUUAACUUUGAGGGGAAAUUGGUGAGACCUGAGAUCGGACUUUUGUAGAGCAGAAGGCAGGACUUAGCUGAAAAAUAGCUGUUUUUUUUUGUCAUUUAGUUGGUUGUUAGUGGUUGAGAUAUCUAGACUUGUGGUAAGGUUUCCAGUUAGUUCCUGUAAAAUAUUUGGAGUUGGGUUUUGUUGGAUGGACAGAUUGUUCCAAGAUGUAUGUACUUGCAUGCAAAGGUGAAACCCUAGCACCGAGACUUCAUUCCAGACUUGCUUUAUAAGAUGCAGGGCCUUGAGCCUUACAUCUAAAUAUAAAACUUCGAUAUGCAGUACAUUUUGUGAGUUUCAAACAGGUGGCAUGUUUUCUUUGUGAUACUGUA